AAUGAAGAUGGAUGACAAAAGAUUCAAGUUACUACUAGGAGUCCAUUAUUUAGGGUCAACAAGUAAACUAUAACAAUCAUUCUUAGACUACUUUGCCUCAUCCACUAAAGCAUCAACUAUAAAAAAAUGUGUCCAGACUUAAACAUCUACCUAAGAUUGUACUCAAAAUGACUAUUCUAUACAAUCUCCUUAAAUUAUUAAGGUAAUUAUUCUAAUAUUAUUGUUCUAGAAAGUCAAGACAACAGCUGAUAGUACUUAACAUACUUAUGAAGAUGAAUUUUACUGUCAUGAGAAUCUAAAAAUAGAGGAUUGUGUAUAAUUACCUAUUACUUUCACAAAUCGAAACAGUGUCAUUCCAAAUUAAAAAUAGUUCUAUUAUAUCAAUCCACUCUAUAUAUAAGAAUUCAAAGAAAAAGAAUAUAACUAUAAAACUAGAGCAAUAAUACUUAAUAGAAUCCUUGACAAUUGUAUUAAUAUGAACAAUCCUUACUUUCAUAAAGCUAUUUAUCUAUUUGAUCUAUUUCUAAGUAAACUCAAAUGCAAGACUAUAUCAAAUCAAUAAUAAUUAAGAUUUCUAUCUUUGGCUAUAAUAUUUGUUAUCACUAAAAUGAAUUCAGAAAGUCCAAAUGUUAAUCUUUUACUUUCAUAAUCAUCACUCAACAUGAACAAAUAAUAAUUAUUAUAAUAUGAAAGACUUAUACUUAAAGUAUUAGAUUGGCAUACAAAUCCAUUAACAUUAUAAGAUGUAUUUUAUGAGGUUACUUUACGAUUUUAAGUAGCUUUUCCAAAUUUAAAUGUAUACAUAUCUAAUCAACAAUUAAAUUUGAAAAUCUAAAUUAAUGAAAAUGAUAUGAAACUUAUUAACUAAAUUCUAAAUGUCAUUAUUUUGGAUCAUAACUAUCUAAGUUAUGAUUUUGAUGAUUUAUCCUUUUCAAUUUUAUAUGUGAUUUACUAAAAGGAUCUCAAAGAAAAUGAAUUUGAAGAUUUUCUAAAAUAUUAUGAAAAAUCAAAAUAAUAAAUCCUAACUUCAAUUAAAUUUGUAUCCAAAUUUAUUAGAGUUGUUUAAUAAUUGGUAAUUUAUUAUAUUAAAUUAUUUUUAGAAUGAGAAAUAGUUAGACAUAAAUUCAUUAGAAAUACUAAAAUUAGUUUGUGAUUGA